AGAUCUUAAGAUGGUGUAUGACUUUUUGUUACAGGAACAUGAUAAUUUUCCAUUAGAACACUUUUGCAGCUUAUAUUUAUUGGUUGGGAUAAGUGAAUUUUUGUUCCCCAGUCGUAGUGGAUUAGUUUUUCCAAUUAUAUUUGACCUUGUUUCUGAAUUGGGUUGUCUGGGUAACUACAAGUGGGGUAGUGUAGUUUAUGAGUACUUUAUAGAAAGUUUGUCUAGUGCUUCAACAACAAUGAAGAAUGAAAGAAGCAGAAGCCAUUUUCAUGUUUCUGGAUGUGCAUACCUUCUGCAGGUAUGGUUUUGUCAUCAUUUUGUGACAUCCAACUCAAAGUACAGUACAAGGAUAUCAAAGUUUCCAAGGUUGUUGAAUUGGAUUCAUGUGAAUAUCGGUGACAAGUUCAUAAAGAAUGCUUUCAAUAAGGGAUCGGUUGUUGUUGAUGUUGGGAUUUCGAAAGAAGAGCUUUCUUAUGCUAUAGUGAAAGAAGCUGUUGACAAAUAUCAAGUGCCAUUGAACCAGCAAAAUAGAGUAGAUAAGGUCAAAUUAGCUCGUUUUAUAGAAGAAGAAACGCGGGUUAUUGGGAGCAUGAAAACUAGUAUUGCUCAUUUCAAAAGUAUUUUGAAGGAAGACAAAAAAACAGUUCCCAAUGAUGAUAAUGGUGAAGACUUUGAUGAUAAGCCUUGUAGUGCAAGUGAAGUUAAGAAUGAUGAUAAUGGACAAGACUUUGAUGAUAUGCCGUUUAGCGCAAAUGAAGAUCCAUUACAACGCACACCGGUUCAACAUCACGAACAAACCCCUAGGUGUGAAGGUCAGCCUACAGUCAAGAAAAGCACAAUGUAUGAUCGUAUGAAAGCUGCACCUCGAAUAAGGAUUAAGAGUAGGGCCAAGAGAACUCCAUUUACAGCANAUGGUAGAAGACAGAAAUGAGUACUUCAAUAUGUUGUAGUUAUAUUGAUGUUGAUAACAGAACUUAUGAUGUUACUAUUCUACAUGGCCUGGAUAAUAGAACUUUUGAUUUUGAUGUACAAACAUUUAAUUAUUUGAACUUUUUUGAAGUUACUUGGAUUUUAUGAAGGUGUUUUUAUUACAUUGAUUAGUGAUUGUGAUGUUUGUGUGCAUAAAAUAAGUGUUAGGCAGGUUU